AUGUCCGUGGAGUCGUCCAUGCUGAGAAGGAGAACGUCCAGUCGUCGCCUACAGUUCCCAGAAGACAGCGCGUUUGAGGAGUUUCCAACCGCAGGGGGCAUCGGGAUUGAUAGGGAUGUUUCCAUCAUGGCGGCAUCCAUUUCAGGUUAUACUUUUAGUUCUGUGUGUUAUCACAGCGCCAACAGCAACUCAGAUCAUGAGGGCUUCCUAUUAGGAGAUGUAAGGCAAGAAGAGACUGUCAGCAUCAGCGACACACAGAUCAGCAGUGCAGAAUUGGUCCAGGUAGUAGAAAUCCAUAACCAUGACCCUUGUGCACAGUUGUUUAGCUUUUAUGACUACGCAGGUAAAGUCAAUGAAGAAAAUCUCAACAGCAUACUUAAAGAUAGGCGGAAAAAUGUCAUUGGUUGGUACCGGUUCCGGAGAAACACGCAGCAGCAGAUGUCGUUCAGGGAACAGACCAUCCACAACCAGCUGACUCAACUGCUCGGCGUACCCGACCUCGUCUUCCUUCUCUUCAGCUUCAUCUCUACCGCCAACAGCUCCACGCAUGCACUUGAGUAUGUGCUCUUCAGACCUAACCGCAGGUACAACCAGAGGAUUACGCUCACAAUCCCAAACCUUGGCAACACCAGCCAGCAGGAAUACAAAGUCUCCUCAGUGCCCAACACCUCGCUUAACUACGCCAAGGUCAUCAAAGAGCACGGGGCAGAAUUCUUUGACAAAGAUGGUGUGAUGAAAGAUAUUCGAACAAUAUUCCAAGUCUACAGUGCACUACAAGAUAAAGUACAGGCUGUGUGUGGGGAAGUAGAACAAAGUGAACGUGUUAAAGAGAUUCAAGAGGACGUGAACAAACAACAACAAAUUGCUCUCAGGAAACGCAAGACAGCAGAAGAGGAGAGAAAGAUCCGUGAAGCCCAAAAUGCAGACUCCCAUUCCUCCCCAGAGGAGAACACAGAACCUUCUGAGUCCUCCCUUCUGUCCAGGAUAACCUUCCACACACCCUCAGCCCCGGAGCGGCCCAGUACCUCACCUAACCCACCAUCUUACACUGACCUCUUGUCCCAAGAUGACUCUUUGCUCUCCUCUUCCUCCCCACCUACCAGUGCUGCUCUAUUGCCCCGGCCCCAAGCUGUGGGCUCUCCAGGACACCCCACCCCUGGCCCUCUGGGUCUUGGCAAUGGUGAUGGAUCGAGCUCUGACUCGUUAGACAGACAAGCCGCAGGGCAGGAAGAUGAUGACGAUGAUGAGGAUGAUGACGAUGACGAAGACGAGGACAGUAGCGAAUAUGAGAACUUAGUGAGUGAAGCCACUCAUCUGCCAAUGGUCUCUGCCAGCGUUUUAGCUCAAGGCCGACCAGCUGCCCUCAGUCCUGAUGGGGACGCUCGUGGUUCACAGACCACAUAGAAACAUGCCACAGGAUGUGUAACGGACACAAAUAUGUGACACACCUUGACGGGUGGGCAUCUGAAGCAAUCAAAGAUAGGCAAACAUAGACAAAAGAAGUGCCAGUCCUGAAAGUGAAAGGCAUGCGCAAGUGGUGUCCCACUGUGUGUAUUUCUUCUUGUCUUAGUCUGAUCUCCAUUUUAAGGGGAAACCUUGCUAGGCUUUGCAGGCUUAACAGGUGAAUCUCGCUGGGGGAAAGUCGUAUGUUUUCAUGUUCUCUUUGGAAUGGGCUGGUCAACUUAUUUAAGUGUGGAUCUGUCUGGUUUUGGGAUCAAGACAGUACAAUGUAAUUCUGCCAACUGGUUGGCAAACUGGCUCUUUAACAGACAGGGCCACACUUUCUGUAUGUUCUGUGUGUUCUUUUGUUUCACAUUUGCAUCACCAACUUUGAGCACCCACUCUUUCAUUACCUCUUGCACUAGUUUUUUUUUUUUUUGCUUUCU